UGUGUUAUUGAAUGAAUGGUGUUUCAGUAUUAUUUCGAGGGGAGAUACGACCUGGUUUGGUUCGUGAAGCUGGUCCAGCAAGCUGGUCUUUACCUUAACCUUCGCAUCGGCCCCUAUGUUUGCGCCGAGUGGAACUUUGGGGGCUUUCCUGUUUGGCUCAAAUACGUUCCCGGCAUGAGUUUUAGAACGGAUAAUGGGCCUUUUAAGAUGGCAAUGCAAACGUUCACCACAAAAAUUGUGAACAUGAUGAAAGCUGAGAAACUGUUCGAGUCUCAAGGGGGCCCAAUCAUUCUAUCUCAAAUUGAGAAUGAGUAUGGGCCUGAAGAAUGGGAGAUUGGAGCUCCUGGGAAGGCAUACGCAGCUUGGGCUGCAAAUAUGGCAGUGAGCCUUGGCACUGGAGUACCAUGGAUUAUGUGCAAGCAAGAUGAUGCUCCUGAUCCUAUUAUAAACACCUGCAAUGGUUUCUACUGCGAUUACUUUGUGCCCAACAAGCCUUACAAACCCAAGAUAUGGACUGAAGCCUGGACAGGCUGGUAUACAGAGUUUGGGGGCCCAGUUCCUCAUCGACCAGCUCAGGAUAUGGCCUUUGCAGUUGCGCGUUUUAUACAAAAGGGUGGAUCUUUUGUCAAUUACUACAUGUACCAUGGGGGAACCAAUUUCGGGCGUACGGCUGGUGGGCCUUUCAUCUCCACCAGCUAUGAUUAUGAUGCUCCAAUUGACGAAUAUGGAUUGAUUAGGCAACCCAAAUGGGGCCACUUGAAGGAGCUUCACAGAGCCAUCAAGCUCUGUGAACCCAUGUUAGUUUCUGCAGACGCAGUUGUAACUUCACUGGGAAACUACCAGGAGGCUCAUGUGUUCUCUCCAAAAUCAGGCGGUUGUGCUGCCUUCCUUGCAAAUUAUGACUCUAAAUCUAUUGCAACAGUGCAAUUCAAUGGCAUGCAUUACAAUCUCCCUCCUUGGUCUAUCAGCAUCCUCCCUGACUGCAAAAACACAGUUUUCAAUACUGCAGAGGUGGGUGUUCAAAUAUCAGACAUGAAAAUGACCGGGACAGGCACGGAACUUUAUUGGGAGUCUUACAAUGAAGAAGUUUCUUCUUCCUAUACUGAAGACCCAAUGACAGUUGUUGGAUUGUUGGAGCAAAUAAACGUUACUAGAGAUACCACUGAUUACUUGUGGUACAUGACAGAUGUUGAUAUUAGUUCAUCAGAAUCAUUCCUUAAUGGAGGUGAACUCCCUGUUCUUUCCGCUCAGUCUGCUGGGCAUGCUUUGCAUGCAUUUAUCAAUGGCCAACUUGCAGGGACUGCAUAUGGUAGCUUGGAAGACCCAAGAUUGACAUUGACAACAAAUGCAAAACUGAAAUCUGGCAGUAAUAGGAUUGCGUUGUUAAGCAUAGCUGUUGGCUUACCGAAUGUGGGCAAGCGUUUUGAGACAUGGAAUGCUGGUGUCCUCGGCCCUGUCAUGUUGAAGGGCCUUAAUGAAGGAAGAAGAGAUUUAACCUGGCAGAAGUGGUCAUACAAAGUUGGUUUAACCGGUGAAACUUUGAAUCUUCACACACUUAGUGGAAGUUCUUCUGUUGAGUGGGUAAAGGGAUCGCUCAUCGCUCAAAAGCAACCCCUAACUUGGUAUAAGGCGACCUUCAAUGCACCUGGUGGAGAUGAGCCCUUAGCCUUGGAUAUGGGAAGCAUGGGAAAGGGUCAGGUUUGGAUAAAUGGCCAGAGCAUCGGACGAUACUGGCCUGCUUAUACUGCAAAAGGUUCAUGUGGGGACUGUAGUUAUAGUGGGACAUAUAAUGAGAAGAAUUGUCAAUCAAAUUGUGGCGAACCUUCCCAACGUUGGUACCAUGUCCCUCGUCCUUGGCUGAACCCUACUGGAAAUCUACUAGUUGUUUUUGAGGAGUGGGGUGGUGAUCCAUCUGGGAUUUCACUAGUAAAGAGGUCGGUUGGAAGCGUAUGUGCUGAUGUAUCAGAAUGGCAUCUGACCAUUAAGAAUUGGCAUAUCAAAACCUAUGGAAAGCCUGAAAGACUGCAAAGAGCAAAGGUUCAUCUUGGUUGUGACCAAGGUCAAACAAUUACCUCCAUAAAGUUUGCUAGCUUUGGAACUCCUCAAGGUGCUUGUGGUAACUUCCAACAAGGGGCGUGCCACUCUCCAAAUUCUUAUGCAGUCUUCCAAAAGAAGUGUGUUGGGCAACAGGCUUGCGCAGUCACUAUAUCACCUGAUGUUUUUGGAGGAGACCCGUGUUUCAGUGUCAUGAAGAGGGUGGCAGUCGAAGCCAUAUGCAACUGAGCUUGUUAAAAAAGUUGAGAUAGAAAUCUGUAGAGGAAUUAUGUUACUACAGGGCAUAUAUGUGAAUCCAACCCUUGAUUGUUUCGAUAUAUUGUAACAAUGCCAAAGUCAAGCCAUUAAUUUGAGUAAAUGGUGAUUUAUCAAUAAGAAACGGCCUGCUGUUGAGAAGAAAAUGUCUAGGCAGUUUGAGCUGAGUGCAUUUUGUACAAAUAUUUGUUGUUACAUACAGAAUUUAUGUAAGAAAAGAUCAAGUAUGCUUGGUUAUGAAGCUGAAGAAAGCCUUCUGUCCA